UGUCUGACCGACCGUCUCGACCGAGCGUUCUCCUCUCGGCCAGGCCAGUAUCAAGCCGGGAGCCGUCGAGAGGGUUUGAUCCACCUCUGGAAUCGGUCACCACGGGAAGCGUACUCAGCAGGCCCCUUAUCACCGGAGGAAACCGGGCAGACGCACGCACACGCAGACAGAAAGGAUCAUCAGGGCUGUAGUAGAACGGUGGUUGCUGCUCGGCGUUCAAGUGCAGUGGCUGCCAGUGGAACUCGGCAGUCGGAUGAGAAAAAAUGGGGCGUACGCCGAGCCACGAGAGGCGGAUCGAUCGCGAAAUAAACGUACGCUGGAUGGACGACUCGGAGUAACCCCUUUUCACCGGAUACUCCAGCGAAAGAGGUUACAAAACGAAAUCGUCCGCGUUUCGUCGUAGCCAUAGCCGAGUUUGGUACGUCAGUGCUGUGUGAAAACGGUGUCCCCGAUCGGAUAACCCUCGCCAACGUGUCCUCUCUUGCAAACGGGGACGGAGAACCUAGUCGGUCGCGGUCAGCCAGGGAGCUUUAGUGUCAGUGCUGCGUGUCGGAGGACCGAUCUGCUCGCGCGUUGAAAACCGUCUCUCCCGUUCGACCACCCUGUUCGCGUCGCAACCCCCCGUCCGCAUACCCAGUCGAUUCGAAUGAUCGUGGCGCGAGUAGAUCGAGUCCAGCGAAGGUGCGUGGUGAAAGUGCUUCUUCCCGUGCAUUAGAGGGUCGAGGUCGUGUCGCGUGCACGCCGUGACACGCGCGCCGAUAUCCCUCAAGAAUUUAUGAAUACCGAGCGGCGGAUCGAGGUCGGUCGAGCCUCUUUCGUCAUCGAGGUCGACGGCGACCCUGACUGGAUCCGAUUCACCCGUGAUUGCUGACUCUUCCUGGCCGCGGGGACAGGAUAACUAGCGUGCUGCCGAGUGAAUCGGAUGGACCCUGUGGGAUAGAGACACAGUGAGGGUCGAGAUACACACUUGAGGAGACGGUACUGUUGGAACAGAGAGGGUGAGAGGACAGACGGAGAAAGUGUGUCACCGACGUGGUGCGAAGCGCCUCGAGGUGAUUUAGGUUAGGUCGCUGCUGGAAUACCUGGAGAGUGACGGUGGAACAACAAGGCUCCCCCUUUUGGAUCGAAUUCGGACUUUUCCUCGUUUUGCUGAACGAUUCGUUUUGAAACGUUCGAUUGAAGAAACGUAUAUACUUCGAGUUAAACGGACGUGUCGAAUCCGUUGAGCUUCACAGAAUAAAUAUUUCGGAUUUUGGAGAAGACUCUUGACAAGGGAAAGAUACGAGCGGAAGGAGUCGAAAAUUCCGUCAUGCGCCGAAUAUGAUUAAUAGGAGACACGGGCUGCACGUCGAUCGGGCAGACAAAAAUCUUCCCAGUAAGGUUUCAUCGAUCUGGUUACGGAGUGAGUUCGCCAACCGCAAUUCUAGUGUCAAUUCGCACAUGGUAGAUGCUUGAGGAUCCAAUCGUGGACAACGUGAUUCGUGAAGUGGUUCUCAGGAAAUACAGAUAACACAUAAAAAGUGUAAUCCAAGCGCAUUGAAGCUAGAAAGUGAGACGUGCGGUCCAACGGUGUCACGUGCUAAACAUAUCUUACCAUCCCCGUGAAGGGUACCUCGCUCGACUAAAGUUAAUCCCUGAAUUACUCCGGUAUAUAUAAUCUUCAUUCACACAUCCCUAGACUCUAUUUCCAUUUGCUCGAUUAAACUUCCUCCGCAACCUUCUGAAUCACCGUUACAUAAUAAACGAAAGCAUACACGGGGCUGGAUAUUUCACGGGGAACCAAUUCCUGCACAAUUUUCCGCGUACGUGUGCACGGUCACUCUCUCUUUCCAUAGUCGUCGUCUACGCACGCAGCAGAGACGGUCCGCGCGUGCGUGCUCACGUGCGAGCGUAGCCGGCACAACGUGGCUGGCGAAGCGGGUUCAUAACGGAGCCCAGCUAGAUACCCUCGAAUAGAGGCUCAAUACCGUGUCCAGCAAAGGCGAGCGGUCGUCAUCCACCAAAGGAUUAGCCUACAGUGUAAUGUGACGAAGGAAGAGGAUCAGGAACAGUUCGAGUGAAGUGUCGUAGCUGUUGGAUCCGCGCCGCUGAAUAAUCUGAUGCCAAGGAUUUAGCAGUAAUCUAGACUGAUAGACAGCAUAAUCAUGCAUUCGUCGCUGAUGAGCACCGGCGUGGCUGCGCUGCUGCCGUUCCUGGUGGUGCUGCUAGGCCAAGUCGCUUUGUCGUUUGUGCUGGAGGGUUCGGCAACCAGCUACGCUCAGUUUAGAAAGUGGAAUGCUGGCCUGAAUGGCACGCUGGAGUUCGAGUUCAAAACUGAUCAAGGAAACGGUCUGUUGCUCUACACGGAUGACGGGGGCACAUACGAUUUCUUCGAGGUGAAGCUGGUUGAAAGCGCUUUGAGGUUGAGGUACAAUCUUGGCGGAGGCGCGCAAAUUGUCACCGUCGGCCAUGACUUAGGCGACGGUCACUGGCACAAAGUCCAGAUCACCAGGUGCAACGAGAAUACUACGCUGACCGUGGACGGUGUCAGCGCGGUGUCCACGUCGCGGGGAAAGGAAUUCGAAUUCGGGAAGCUUGCGGGCAAUUCCGAUGUUUACGUCGGCGGCAUGCCUAGCUGGUACAACAGCAAGCUUACGUUGCUCGCGCUGCCCAGUGUGAUUUUUGAACCCAGGUUCAAGGGGCUCAUCAGGAAUCUUGUUUACGCCGAUGGGGACAGCAUUGUGCCUAGGAGGCAGGAGAUGAAGAGCCGCGACACUAAGUGUGGUGGAUUUCCGUGCGUCGAAACUGUCAAACGCAAAUCACCUAGGAGUUUACGCAACAUGAUGACAGCGAACGCGACGGACGCCUGCGAAACGCGCGAUCCCUGCCAGCACGACGGGAUCUGCAUUUCCACCGAUAGCGGGCCCAUCUGCGAGUGCCGGUCCGGCGAUUAUGAGGGCGCCUAUUGUGAAAAAGAAGCAUGGAGUACGGUGCUGCCUACGGCGGGUGCUGGUGAAUACUGGGAAUGGGAAUACAAUAAAGCACCUUCUGAGGCGUCCUUCAGAGGAACUGAAUACAUAACGAUAGACUUGACCAAAGGGGAUCCAGUUCUAAGCACGCAGGAAUCCAUAAGCUUGCAAUUCAAAACGAGACAACCAAAUGGGCUCUUGUUUUACUCUGGCAAAGGACGCAAUCGCGAUUCCUGCCCCACUGGAGAAGGGGAUGAUUAUCUAACUAUAGCCUUGAAAGAUGGUAGAGUCGCUGUGGGGAUGACGCUGGCUAAAGGUAGAUUAGAUCUCCAUAUAAAACCAUCCAGGGUCCGAUUUGACGAUAAUCAGUGGCACAAGAUUAUCGUGCACAGGAAGGUUCAAGAGGUAACGAGAUUAAUAUAUUUCUGUCGCCUCUCCGCCAUCGUCGAUGGGAUUUACGCAGAGCACGGACACACUGCGGGCUCGUUCACACAUUUGGCGAGCGAUCGACUGCUGGUAGGCGGAGGCGCCGACGCGAGAUCCCUGCAGGGCGCUAAAGGGAUCAACAACUUCGUCGGGUGCCUGAAAAAGGUUGAGUUCGUUGCGGAGGGGUUGAAAUUGGAGGUGAUCGAGGCAGCCAGAGGCGGUGCCGUUGGCGCUGCCGCUUGGGGCAAAAUGGAAUUCCACUGUCGAGAGCCAAGAGCAACGGACCCAAUCACAUUCACCACAAGGGACUCGCAUCUUGUCCUGCCACCUUGGAAGGCGGCCAAGUCCGGGAGUAUAUCCUUCAAAAUUCGGACGUCCGAGGCCAAUGGAUUGAUCAUGUACAGUCGCAGUGGUGCCCACGCGAGACAAGACCUUUUCGCGUUCGAAAUUUUCGGUGGUCAUCUGUAUCUUCACGUGGACCUUGGAAGCGAUCCUGUAAAGGUGAAGGCAUCGAAGCAACGAGUCGAUGAUGGCACAUGGCACGAUGUGGCCCUUCGCCGUGUGGAAAGGGAUGGACGGGUCAUCGUUGACGGUUCGACAGUGGAAUUCCGUACACCAGGCGACUCAACCCAACUAGAUCUGGAUGGAUUGCUCUACAUCGGUGGUGUAGGAGCACCCUUUGCACCUCUAACAAUACCUCCAGUUCUGUGGACAGGUGCCCUGAGACAGGGUUAUGUCGGUUGCAUGAGAGAGCUUGUCAUAAACGGCCAACCGAUCGAUAUAGCUGGAUACGCUCAACAACAAGACUCCGGCGCUGUCAGACCAGCUUGUCAUUCUCAACCAUCCCACUGCCCUUCAGAACCUUGCAUGCACGGCGGCCAUUGUCUCGAGGGGUGGAACAGGUUUCACUGCGAUUGCACAGGAACACCCUACACAGGUCCUACAUGCGGAAAAGAUGCAUCCACAUUGCAUUUGAAUGGCACGCAGCAAAUGACGGCGCUUAUGCCAGAAGAUUCGAAAACGCAAGCUGAAGAAAUUUCUGUACGUUUCAAAACCACAAAACCACGUGGACUGCUUCUGUCAACGAGUUUAGAAAACAGUCCUGACAGAUUACAAAUCUAUCUCGACGAGGGUAAAGCGAAAAUGCUGAUCCACGUCGGUGAUAAAGAAAAGAUUCUGGUAGCCGGACAAGGUUUGAACGAUGACAUGUGGCACACGCUGAGAUUUUCUAGAAGAGGCAGCAUUCUAAAAUUUCAAAUCGAUGAUGAGGCUGCUAUACGAGCGGAGAGCCAACUUGGCAAACAAGGAAUCUUGGAAUUCCGCACGUUACACGUGGGAGGAUACUUGCACGCUGGGGAGGAAAUCCCUCACUUCGUCGGUCAACUGCAACAGAUCUGGUUCAACGGCUACCCUUAUCUCGAAAUAGCGAGGAGCUCCGGAAAUCAUCAGGCUUCCCAUCAAGGCGUUACGCCACUCAUCAGAGUCACAGGGAAAUUCGGCAAGAGGAAUCAUCCGGUUCACUAUCCCGUGACCUUCACUUCGAAGCACACGUUCGUCGGAUUGCCUGUGUUGAAAGCGUACGUGGAAACGAAUAUCUACUUCCAGUUCAAGACACGAGAAGCGAACGGUUUGAUCCUAUUCAACGCCGGCCGCGAGCGAGACUUCAUCGCAGUGGAGCUGGUGAACGGACAUGUUCACUAUGUGUUCGACUUGGGUGAUGGACCUGUCAGGGUUAGGGACAACUCAAGGUCGAGACUGAACGACGGCAAAUGGCACGCUGUCAGCAUUGGGAGGCCAGCACCCAAGAGGCACACGCUGGCCGUCGAUGAUCAUGUCACUGUCGUCAAUAGUCAGGGUAGCAAUGAGAACCUCGACCUCGAUGGGAUUCUCUAUGUUGGCGGCGUGGAGAAGCUGCAGUACAGCCAAUUACCGAAACAAAUCCUUAGCAGACAUGGUUUCGAAGGCUGUCUCGCGUCGCUGGACCUAAGCGGCGAGAGCACAAACCUGAUUUCCGAUGCGGUGGUGCCGAGCUCUCUAGUGGAAUCCGGCUGCGACAUGUACGCGAGCCUUCAUCCCGGGAAAAAGUGCACACAUGAUUUGUGCUCGAACCACGGCACGUGCGUGCAGCAGUGGAACAGUUACACCUGCGACUGCGACAUGACCAGUUUCACCGGGCCGACAUGUAACGAUGAAGCGGUAGCGUAUGAAUUCGGCGCCGGAAGAGGAAUUAUCACAUACACCUUCCCACCGGACCGACGACCGGAAAUGAAGAGAGACACGGUGGCCUUGGGCUUCGUUACUAACGUGAACGACGCUGUACUUGUCAGGAUCGAAUCUGCUUCCAGCAAUGAUUACCUCGAAAUUGAAAUUGUGGAAGGUAACGUGUUCGCUGUUUACAACAUGGGUACGAACGACCAUCCAAUUGGUGAGGUAGGCGUGAAGGUGAAUGAUAACCAAUACCACGUGGUGAGAUUCACAAGAACAGGGCCGAACAGCACGUUACAAGUCGACGACUUCAAUUUACUAUCAAAUCAUCCAUCCGGUCGCCAAUUGAAAGUCUUCAAUAGCCAAUCGACGAUUCAAGUUGGUGGUCGAUGGAACCGAAACAUGGGCAGAGUAGAGCGGCCGUUUUUAGGAGUAAUUGCCGGUCUAGUCGUAAACGGAGCGAGGAUUCUAGAGCUAGCUGCAUCCAAAGACGGAAGGGUCACUACUAGAGGGGAUGUUCAAUUGAUGCCUGCCGGAAGUCUUCUAGAUCGAGCGGCUCCUUUACAAAGAAUGCAACAGACGCCAGCGUCCGGUUUUCCGGGUGUCAUGGACGACCUCAUAUUUUCUGGCGCAGGAAGCGGUUGCACUGCCGACGACGAGGACGAAGAAUGCACACCAAUCUAUGAACCUGGUUCCGGUAAGUACGACAUAAUAACGCCGGUGUACAGCGCGCCGACGAGGUCGCCGACGACCCUCAGGCCGAAACACCGCAAGGAGAACACCCAGGAGCCGCCGUCCUGCGAUGACGAGGAGGGCUGCGAAGAUGGGUCUGGUGAACCGGUCACCACCGAGGAGAUCUUCGUCACGUCAGUCACCGAUUCCAGCUCGGUGACGUACACGACGGCCCGCGAGUACACGACCAGCCACAUCAGCACGCAAACGUCUCCAAGCUCGCCGUCGACAUCGACCCGGGAUAUCGUCACCGUCUCCGUCCAGUACAAUGUGUCAACCACAGACCUCGAGACCAGCCACGCCAGUAGUGUCGUGACGCCGAGAUCGACGACCGUGACGACCCAAACGACCACCACAGAGAUGACGGACCCGCCACCACCACCGCCGCCCCCGAUGGUGUACCCCCCGAUGCCAACGCCGCCUAAGAACAACAACAAGAGGAUAACAAGCGAGGCAUCGGAGAACGCUGCACUGAUAAUUGGCAUCAUUGCCGCGGCGCUGAUUGCGAUCGUCCUGAUCAUCCUGAUUAUCCUGAAGUUCAAGAACCGUCCGGAGACCAGCUACAAGGUCGACGAGACGAAGACCUUCUGCCAGGACCCGAACGCGGCGUUGCUGGGCGCAGCCGGUUCCGGCCAACCGUUCAACGGCGCCCUGAAGAACGGCGCGAACGGCAGCAAAACCAACAAGAAACGCGAACUGAUAGACAUCAAAGAGUGGUAUGUGUAGACACGGGCCACAACAUCCAUGCGUCCGCUAAGACUGCACACGUGCUUCAAUUUCGUGACGAAGUGUAUCCGCGUAUGAAUCCGAACUGUAAACCGAACGAGUGAGCCUCUUCUAGAUUCUUCGUUGGUGCUAAGAUACGAAACACAGGAUAAUAAGAAAAAGGGAUACGAAGUAAAGGGGGGACUGGUCAGAAGCGCCUUUCGGUCGUAUCGACGGAUAGAAGAACGGUGUUCCUAGCCGGUGACCGACUGAAAUCGGUGACGGGCCAGUGAUCGAGGAAUUCGGACGGAUCGUGAAUUCGUUCGGACGCCGGGGAUAAUGUCGGAGGACACUUCGAUGGGAUUCCUCUACCGUUAGAGAGGUUCGAUCGUCGGCGUGAUUUGAUCCAUCUUUACCUCCCGAGGUUCGAUCAGACGUAGAGGUCGACCGAGGACGCAACAUAUCCGAGUGCUCUCGCGUCGACGACGAACCCGAUCGACGCCGAUCCGAUUCCAUUGACGGUGUGCACCCAUAAGCCAGCAGGAGACAGGAAGAUUCAACGUCGAUGUACUAGACAUCGGAACCGAACGCGAGCCAAGACUGAUAACACUGUUUAACCGACGAGACGAACGUAGGGGAACGAAUCCAGGUACCCGAGUCGUCGAAUUGUCAACACUCUUUGGACCGACGACGCAAAUUUUCGUCUUUCGUUAGCCACACGUUAACGUCAAACAUGUGAAUCCCCAUUUUUCGUUCAUCGAGGAUUAAAAAAAUAAAGAUUCACAUUUCGGUCAUUCACAUUUUCGACGCUGUACACAAAUCGGAAUCGUGCAAUCCACGUGUUUACUACCUGAUACUGUACGAGACUGAAGUUAACUCGCGACGUGAGGUCCAGAUAGUGUUAACCGUUCGCGGGUGGAAGGUUGUGCCGAUUAGAGAAAACGGGUCUGAGCGCCGGCGGGGGUAGUGUGUUUCGUUGUUACUUUGUUAGAACGACGCUCGAAACUUCACUUCCGUCGUUUUUCCGAGCGUAAGCGACAUCCGCCGAUCAAAGCCUUGAAACACGGCGAGCGGCGCACGACCUAACCCCCCAACGCGUAAAACUUGCGAAAUCAAACUUCUUCCUUGUUGCUGUAUCGUUAGUUGUGUAUUAUAUUUAUUGUACAUGAAAGAUUUAUUGUGUACCAUAGAACGUUCGCGCGCAUAAUCACCUUCCUUUAGGGUCACUGUCGGUGUAGACUCGACGAUGAAAUUUCACCGGAGAUAAAUAGAACGGGGGGCUGGCGUUACGUCGCGUCGCACCGUGUCUCGAGGGUCGGACCUCGCUUUUCGUUGAAAAAUUCUUCAUAGUCCAGUAUAAUAUAGUCGGAACGAAAGGAACGUUGGGGAGAUGUUGGAAUUAAACGAAGCGCAGGGACGAAAGUAUCGAUACGAACGAUCCUAUCUAGCAAUUAAUGAACUUAUUGUUGUAUAGAAGAAAAAAGGAUAUGACAUUUAUCGAUUAUGUUAUAUGUGUAAAUUGUUUAUUAAAUUAUAUAGAUUUUAUUAAACAGGGAGAGCGUGAGCGUGUUUUAGGUGUGUGCACGAGUGUGUCGCGUGUGUGUGUGCUUGCGCGUGUGCGUAUGCGUGAAUAUAGGACCCGCGUUCUUUGUUCCGGCGAGGAACAACGACUCGAAGAACAUCGGUGUAAAUACAUCGAUACGAGAGCCGAGUCGUGACGAAAUCAGAGGACACUGUGAAUCAGUCGACACGGCUAUACACAGAGAUGCUCGCGUUCAUGCGAGUACAGGGUGUGAGGACAGUAUUUGCCAAAAGAACAAAAAUCAAGGAACGUUUGACCGGUGUUUAACCCUUUGACGUCCGGUAUUCUUCUCAGUUCGAGUCGACCUUACAUUUUUCAAAAUGCUUUUACGAUUUCCCACGUGUCGAUCAUUGUUUUUCAAACCUCUGUGAUAUUUUUUUGAUACUCGCCUGAUACUUUUCUCCGUAACGGUUUUUUGAUAGUUGCUUUUCGAUACUUCUGUGAUACUCGUCCAUUCGUCGAUUGUCGUGAACUUUGAAUCAAGUCUUUUCUUUCGGGACAUUGACGCAUGAAAGAUAAGAUGUUGAGACUCUGACACGGUCGGUGAAAUAAAGGGCUCCAAAGGGUUAAUUAUACUGGCGCCGAACAUUGGAUAUCAUGAAAUAACUGUUUCUAUCGAGCUCUAUCGUUUUCUGUUUUAGAAUCUCCUCGGAAGCUUUGUUUCAGCUUUUGGUCAAAUCUAUGGUAAAACAUUGAUAAGAAUGCAUUAAACAGAGCUUCCUCGAAUCUAGGUCAUCAUCGUUAUGUGUAUCUCACGUUGCUCGAUGUGCUCUAAUUUUUCAGAGAAUCCUCUAAUUCAAGACUAGUGCUAGCUUUUUAUUACGUACACGUGCCAGAGCUUUCGCACUUUUUAUUUGAAACUGCACCACGAAUAUCUUAGGCUAAAUUAAAUUCAAUCCAAACCAAUUUCGAUAAUAAAACUUCUAACGCUUCGGUACCUGAACACAGUAACGAGCCACGUUAAUGUAACAAAAUCAGGGUACCUUAAUAGCACUAACGAAGGAACACAGUGAAGUGACAUAAAGAUAAUCUUUAUAUUCCAAUGAAAAUGUAAGAUACAACUUGAUAUAACACGAUUUUCCUGUUAAACCUCAAAUCCUUUACAAAUAAUUUAAUAGAAUUGAAUGAGGUGUGGUUCAUUCCAACUAAUACAACAUCGGAAAAAUGAUGAAGAUAAAUUCGCCAUAUAAUUCUGAUCAUUAAAUUAAUUCAGAUCUUAUGGUAUCGAGAUCGAUUUAAUUUACAGAAUAUUUUAUGCAGCAUAUCACAGAUAAUCGUAUAAAAUGGCAGCACUAGUCCAGAUUGCAAGUCGGAAUGCAGUUCAUAAUUUCGAAUCCCUUCGAGCUACUAUCAUCCAUCAAAAUGAUCAUUGCACAAAGGAUUCUUUUAAUCACUAGAAUUCUAAUGGAAUAUUUGUUGAAGAGGAAGCCGACUCCUCAAAGAACUAUUUUUCACGAGCGAAACGUUUCCGAGCUCUCGACGUGUAUUCAUAGAACGAUUAACUCGUCGUUGGCACAGCGAAGCUGUACGCGCUUGCGAAUGAACGAAAGAGAGGGAGAGAAAGAUAGAGAGAAAGGGAGAGAAAGAGAAAAUGUGAAAAUGAUGAUCGGCCGAGGGAACCAUUCCCUCGGAAGAUAAGAAGAAAAACGUCCGAUUGUUAAAAGCUUUUUAAUACUUAGCAAAAUGCUUAGCGUGUUGAGGACCUCUAGUCGGUGCGCUAUAUUCUUUAAAACCGGCGUUCCUCGAACCUGGUGACUUGAAACGGCGGAUAUUCCGUGCAAAGGAUGGAACGCAAGUCAAGUUAAAAUCGAUCUUGCUGUUCGUAAGAAAGAAAAAUGGAUUUCAUUGUGAAAAAAACGAAAGAAAGAGAAUUUUAUUUUUGAUAAUUCAUAUUUCAAAUUUUAACACAUUGAGCGCCAGCCCGUGAAAACGCGGGAUUCUGAGUCUGUCGCUCGAGCGCCGGCCCCGCAAUAAUGCGGAUUUCUGGAUUUCCGUUAAAUUAUAUAUGACGAAUAUGCAAUUAAAAUGUACUAUUUUCGAAAAUGUAUAAUGUUUUGAAUAUUUUUUUUGGCUACUCAUUGAUCAGAUACAAACGAAUGAGGCCGGCGUUUGGGCUUUAAGUGGCUGAUACCGGCGCUCAGGCUUUAAAUGUCUCUUAGGUCACCGGCGCUCAAUAUGUUAAGUUUCGACUUGUUAUUUAAGAAACAAUUAAUAUUGGUUACUCUACUACUUUUAAUGUAACGUUUACAAUCAAAUAUUUUAGAUUCUUAUACCGAUUAAAUAUUGCACUUAAUUAAUUAACGAUACAUUUGAUGAAGUACAGAGUCUACAGAAAUAAAUGAUAAAGUUAACUCGCCCAUACACGUAUGUACGUAGAAUUCUAGCAUGCUGUAAAGCACAAAGCUUGUACGGAAUAACAUGCAAACAAGCAAAAAUCAAUGGAAAAUCUAAGAAAAAUGCAAAAAAAGAAUCUAUGUGGCGUAAUAUUGAUAUAAAUUAAUGCGUUUAAGAAAGAGAUAAAAUAUCUUGUAUGAUUUUUAUUAACACAAACUUUAUACAUAUCAAAGGAAUGAUUAAAUCUUUUAGUUCUUACAAGACACCUAUCGAAAAUCAUGAGCAUGACGAUGUAUGUGGAAUAUACGAAUCGGAUUUUUAAUUAUAAGUAUUGACUUUAAAAAGAAAUAAGUUCUUAACGGUAAGGCAUAUUUGCUGUGAGAAUCAAUACUUAUGACUUACAUUUUUAAUGUAAUACGAAGAAAGUAAUAUUUUGCUCUUUCUAUCGAAACCGAUAAUUCUACACGAACGUUUUGUCGCUAUAAGUAUUUCAAAACACUUACACUGCCGGUCACAUAUUUAGAUCACCUUUCUAAAUACUAUUUAUAAUAUAAUUAUAACUUUUAUCGUAAUUCAUACAUAACAAACUUUUCCUUAAUAUAUAAAUAUUUUUGACGAACUAGAAAAUAUAUAGAAUAUAUCAAUUUAUUUAAAAUACGAAAAACAAAAUAACAAAUGCAACUUUCGCUGACAUUUAAUUAAAUGCAAGAUAAAUUGUUUCUUAAAUGAUUAUACAGUCGAGACUUUGAAUUGAUAAUUCCUAGAAUUUUGUUAUUGGGAAAUACUUUUGAAAAUACUUGUUUAAUACAAGAUUAUCAUAUUUUACGUACGUCUGCCAUUUAAAUUGUAUUUUCAUUUGAAAUAAUUUUCUAAUAUAAAAUUAUCAUAUUUUAUUGAAUUUCCACGUUUAGUGAGCGUCAAGAAGAUGUUCAUUUUUACUUUCGGCCUUCUGUACGGAAUAAAUUCCGUGAUAUCAGAAAGUUCGAGGAAUACCAAUCGACGCGUUUCUCCGCGCGUAAGUUCGUUCUUCGUUCUCCAGACAACUUAGAAACUUCGGGUACGAUUCCUAUCCGAUUUGCUUCUCCCUUAUUAAUUCUGAAAAUUCUUGCUCCUCGCUUUUGCGAACGAGUGGGCUAGUUAGCGUCGUUUUCGUUAUAAUUCAUGUUCCAGCAUUGAACCGUACACGCUUUCGCAACUCUACGUGGGUAUCUCGUUGCGAUGAUCGACCCCGUUUUCUCAAUUAGCAUCAAAAACUGCCUCCCUCGCCUUUCAGGGGGAAUAUAAUUGGCUCCUAACGAGCGCGAACAUUUAACCCUUUGGAGCAGCGUAGAAGUCACACCGUUUUCACUCGCAAUGCGAUUUUUACCAUAAAGUUUCACUUUUCAUCAAAUUUCAUCAAUUUUCCAUUGUUCGAAUUUCUUGGAUUUUUGAAAGGAACUUCGGAUCAAAUUUAUUGAAUCCUCGUUUAGCCAUUGAUCUUGAUGUUUAGGAAGUGUCGUUUUUCUGUGAUCUCCACUUUAUUGAAGAUAUUUAAUUCGAUAUUAUAUUAUGAUUACUAUUUAAUUUAAUGUAUUUGCGUGCAACAUUAAAAGAAUGGGUCCCUCGCAAUUAUAUUCAAUUUUGUGAAAAAUGUCUGAAUGAUGAUGAAUUGGAAGACAAUUUUUAUUCGAGAUGAUAAGCUCACAAUAAUAUUAAAUUAUCAGGUAGUUCAAUUAUUCUGUGAAUAUCAAAAAUUUGAUUCGUAUUCGUCGGAAUAACUUUCUCACUGAACAAGUAUUAUACCGAUAUGGUGAACAAACUGUAAUAAUUAUUUUAAUUCUGGAAUUAAAUGAUAACCAAAAAGAAGUUUAUUUCCUUAAUUUAAAUGAGCGACAUAUCAUAUGCAUCACCUUAUGCAUAUGCUUCGUAAGUUUACAAUUGGAAGGGAAACGUAAAAAUGAAGGACAAAAAUGAACGACAACGAUCAUUGAAGCGAAAGAUUUCCGAACUGAUAGAAAAUCCGCAAAUGUUUUUGAGAAAAGGAAUCUUAUCCAAGGGCGUAGUCUUCGACAGAUAUUAAUGUCGGAGCACCAGCUCUCGAGGAAACACAAUUGCCAUGUAUUAAUUCGAACAAACGACGUAUCCGACCGAUCACAGCCCAAAAAACGCAUAUCAAAAACAAUCUGUUUUCGACGAUCAUCAAGGAGGAAUAGAGGAAAUUUGCGAAAUUACCGAAUUCAGGAUAUCAUACGGACGAUCACGAGUAUUUUUAAGAUUUUCCUCGAAUCGCGAUGAUUUUCUUCUUCCUUUUUACAAACGUUGUUUAACUUGCACUAUUCUCGUAUUCAAUUUAGGUAUACCGAUCGAACAGAAAAGUCGGAUCAUCCGAGAACU